AUGAUGAAGCCACUAUUCUGGAUAACACUUUUCAGCGGCUGGAUUUCCUCUCGUGGAACUUGUUCUACGCCUUCCCAUUUUGGUUCCGUAAUUCAGUCUCCGAGAGUUCUAGCUUCGGUUCUGCUCAAUGUGGACCCCACAUAUAUGCUCCGAUUGAGCUUACCACAACAGCAACUUCGGGGGAAGACCGGAGAUAAAUCUGUGGCAGACACGCUGCGGCAUUUGAAGAGAUUCGAGAACUUGAACAUGUUGGAUAUGGGUGGCCAAGUGAGACACGAAUCGGAGUUGGACGCAGUCAAGGAGGUCCUCGUUCAUCUGAGAGGGCUCAGAGAGAUUGUUUUCGUCGACCUACCGUGAGUGUAACCUCUGUUGUUAUCUAUUAUUCUCG